AUGGAACCCCACGCGCCAGACUCGACUCAACUGGGGCUUCACGAUGCGCAACAGUCCGUCACACCGCCACAACUGAAGCGGAUCCUGCCAUUGCGUAUAGUCAAGCGCUCGGACAGCACUUGCGGGGAUGAUCCUGAUGAUCGAGUUUGCAGAAAAUGCAGCCAGGCGACAAAUGGGAGCCGCGGGAGCGCCACUGAUUCCGCUGAGGGAGAACGGCAGCUGACGGUGCCCAAAGUCAGGGGCAGCAGGACCAGCCAGGUAUUCGACAGCCUGGGCGACGUCGAUGAGACUCCUGUGCCGCUAGGUCGAGAGGCAUAUUUACGAAAUGACUAUGCAGCAUCUGAUCUCCAGAUCAUCCGCACAGGGCAAAGAUUGCCAUCAAAUCAAUACUACAAUGUCGAUUCCGGCCACUUGCAAUCAUCGGGCUCCUGCUCUUCUCGCAGAUUACCCAAGCUCAGGGGCAAGGGCCACGCCAAAUCUGCCGUUGGCUUCAGAGACCAAUUCGCGUUUCUGAGUCCUCAUAAUGGUGUUUCGCCACCAUACCGUCCGUUCCCGGGCCUCUUAUGUGACAUCAUUCAGAGAUCGAAAACUUCGCACAUACUGCCGUGCAGUAACUCAGACGAUCCAUUUCAACAACUCUCUGAUGGGGAGCCGGAUAUUCCUUCUUCUAUCAUCGCGCCUGAAGUGACUGUCACUCCUGACACUCGAGUCGUGGACCACGGCCACCAUAAUUUCUGGGUAGCCGUCGAGGUCACGGCAACAAGCGGCCAGGGGUGUCUUUGUGACAUCAAGGUCGAUAUUGAGCCUGCAGCCAACAGUGUCGUGUUGGAGGUAGUUGAGAACUUUUCUGCUCCCACCAGUCUCUCAGCCGGGUCCAAGAUUCUUGUUCUCGUAAACGUUGAGCUGGGCAUAACCAAUCAUUCCAGAAUCAGACGCCAUAUCAGGUCGCACUCGGACGACCUGAUGGAGGACCUCGAGGACCAACUGGGCAGUGCGCAGUGCGAGUACCUGACAGUCAGCCUCACCUACCAGCAUUCAGCCUUCGCACCCGCCGUCAGCGCCAACACUGGCGUCAUCAGGGCCCAGACCAAGAUGCGCACCACGUACACGGCAGCAGGCAUGGACGCCGCCGAUGAGCUCCUGCAGACGAAGCUGACCAAGAAGCCCACGCCGCGCAAGACGACGUACCUCGGCCGGCCGCACCCGAGCGUCCCAUCGCGGCGCGGUCGCGGCCAUGGCGGGAUGGUGUCGCCGAUUCCGAUGCCGACGCGGCCUGCGCCGCUGCCCCCUUGCGCCGAUGAGAAUGAGCGGGGCCGGCAUGAUGACGAAGACACUGACCAGGCCUCGAGGAUCUGGGCCAAAAUCCGGCGGUCCUCCGGGCUCAGCCUCACGGACAGGACGAAUAUGAGUAUGGUCGAGGAGCAGGGCCUUGCUGCGAAGCGGGGGAUUCCCAAGGCGGGUGUCAAGGGGAGGAAAGGGUCCGGCCGCUGGGGAUUUGGGAACUGGUGGGCUUGA